AUGGCAGCUGUUUUCAUGUCCCUCUUCCUCCUUAAUCUCUUAGUCUCAGGAAGCUCAAACACAGAUGCUCAGCGGCCCAGAAAUUCUACUUUGCAUCGUCUGACCAGGCACCUUUUACUGAAUUACAGCAAGGGAGUGAGACCUGUCAGAAACUGGUCAAAGGCCACUACCGUUUACCUUGACCUCUUUGUCCAUGCAGUGCUGGAUGUGAAUACACAGAAUCAAAAGCUAACAACAAGCAUUUGGUUUCGGCAGAUGUGGAAGGAUGAGUUUCUCACCUGGAAUUCCAGCCUCUAUGAUGGGAUCAGGGAGAUUUCCCUGCCACUCAGCACCCUCUGGUCUCCGGAUAUCGUCAUCAACGAAUUCGUGGAUGUCAGCAGGUCCCCCGAUCUCCCCUACGUUUACGUGAAUGCUGCUGGGAUGAUCAAGAACUACAAGCCCAUGCAGGUGGUGUCCGCGUGCAGUUUGGAGGCCUACGCCUUUCCCUUCGACACCCAGAACUGCAGCCUGACCUUCAGCAGCAUCCUGCACACAGUGGAGGAUGUGGACCUCACCUUCUGGAGAAGCCGUGAGGACAUUAAGAAUGACAAGACGUUGUUUCUGGAUGACGGUGAGUGGGAGCUGCUCUCUGUGCCCUCACAUCCCCGGGUCCUGCACAUGGAGACCGGACGCUUCGCCCAGAUUCAGUUUAACGUUGUUAUCCGAAGACGCCCCCUGCUAUAUGUGGUCAGUUUGCUGAUCCCCAGUCUAUUCCUGAUGGUCAUUGACCUGGCCAGCUUCUACCUGCCACCCAACUGUGGCACCAGGAUAACCUUCAAGACCAGCGUGCUGGUUGGCUAUACCGUCUUCAAAGUCAACAUGUCAGACAAGCUGCCAGGCACUGCGGUCAGCACUCCCCUCAUUGGGGUGUUCUUCACGGUUUGCAUGGCCCUCUUGGUUCUCAGCCUGUCCAAGUCUAUCCUGCUAGUAAAGUUCCUUCAUCUGGGGGAAGACCCUGUGCGGAAAAGGCUCUUCUCCGGCUGCUGGGUGAGCAGCGCCAUAGUUGGAGGAGGCCCCGGCGAGAGACCCCAGGCUCCCAGGCUGCAAGCAGAUGGUGACAUUGCAGGUCUCUUGUUGCGGGGGGAAGCGGAGGAAGGGAAAGGAGAGGGGCCUUGGAAGGUGACGAGCGCCCGGAAGGCCCCAAUGGAGAAGAUCCUGGCAGAGCUCCUCCUGAUCAGCUCCCAGCUCCGUGCACUAGACUGGGCCAGCAGACUAGAAGUCAACUGGCUCACGCUGUCCUACAGGCUGGAUAGACUGCUGUUCUGGGUGUACGUCCUGACCCUGGGGGUGUAUGCAGUCACACUCUGCUCCCUGUGGGUGGUCUGGAGCGCCCAGUAA